GCAGUGCAUGGAGAACAAGAGUAUCACGACGUAACAAAGCCUCGCAUUCUGCAUACACUCAAUUGCACCCACAAAAUAAAAAGCGCUGAAGCUGAACCUAAUAUCAAACCAACCAUGUCGAUACCGAUAACAGUCUCGAGCUUACCCCGCAUCUCCUCUGCCUCCCUCUCGGAAAUCCUCCUCGCACAAGCAAACAGCAACCUCGACCUCCAAACCCCAGAAACAGAUGACAAGGUAGCCAUAGUAGAUGUUCGCGAUGACGGUACGUAUCCUGCCUCCUCUCCUUUCACGGAGCAAAUGCUAAUAAGCCCAAGAUUACAUAGGAGGCCAUAUUCGAACCUCCCUCCACGUCCCCUCACACACCCAUUCCCACGCCAUCCCUGGCCUCGUCCAGAAGCUCAAAACUCGCAAAAUCGUCGUCUUUCAUUGUGCCCUCAGUCAGCAGCGGGGUCCACGCGCAGCGCUGGGAUAUGUUCGAGAAAGGGAGCGGCUGGUUGGGAAAGGCACCGUGGAACUUCUUGGUCAGAGCGGCGGUGUUACAAGUGUCGGAGAAGCUAUGAUGAAAGACAAGAAAGAGGAGAUUGAGAGGAGGGGGAAGGGUGUGAUUAAGCAAGAUGGUGCGGAUGGCGGAGAGGGCUGGGAGGACGUGGAUCGAGAGGGAGAGGUGGUUGAGCAGGUUGAGGAUGAGAAGCAGAGGGUUUAUAUUCUUGAGGGCGGGUUCGUGGGAUGGGAGGAGAAGUUUGGGGAGGAUACGAGGUUGACUGAGGGGUAUAGGAAGGAGAUUUGGGCGGAAGGGUAUUAGAUGUGAUAGGUUCUACUGUGGAAGAAGGAUACGGAUUUUUGGGUCAUCGAUCGCUUCUGGAGGAUCUACGAUUGUCGUGUGUUUGAAGUGGCCUACAAUGUCAAGUCUUGCGGCACUCCCAAUUCCGGAAAAAAAAGCCAUAAAGUACUCGUCAAACCUAGGCAAUGUCAAGACACGAAUUCGAGAGAGUAAAAUCUCUUACAAGUUCAUUUCAAGGGAAAUACUCGCUAUUUCGGAUCUCGCAAGACACAAAAGGAGUGGGUGGGUUGUGAGUGGAAGUGAUGCCGGGGAACGUCAGGAAUAAUACCAAUACGAACGGCGUCGAAGAUACAAGAAGAUACCAUGACUGAACAGGCUUUUAAGGCUAAUGCUUUCUAUUACAUUAAAAUCUUAGAAUAAUUCAUCUCAUUAUUCUGGGAGGGAGAACGGUGGGAAGGUUACAUGCUGCCAGUUUGGGAAGCUUGGAGUUAUGAGG